GCCUGUCUGUUUCUCUCAAGCUGCAGGAGGUCUUCAGUUCCCAGGAGAGCAGAGCAUCUCAGGACCUAGGUGGGGAAAGACCUGGCUGUGACCUGGGCCCUGUCCUGCAGAGCCCAGCUUUGGGCUGAAUGGCAGCACCCACACUGGGCCGCUUGGUGCUGACCCACCUGCUGGUGGCUCUCUUUGGCAUGGGCUCAUGGACUGCCAUCAACGGCAUCUGGGUGGAGCUGCCUGUGGUGGUAAAAGACCUUCCAGAGGGUUGGAGCCUCCCCUCUUACUUGUCUGUGCUUGUGGCACUGGGGAACCUGGGUUUACUGGUGGUGACCAUGUGGCGGCGGCUGGCCCCGGGCAAGGGCGAGCGGGUCCCCAUCCAGGUGGUACAGGCACUAACUGUGGUGGGCACAGCCCUGCUGGCCCCUCUGUGGCGCCAUGUGGCCCCAGUGGCAGGGCAACUUCAUUCUAUGGCCUUCCUAGUGCUUUCCUUCAUGCUGGCACUGGCCUGCUGCGCCUCUAAUGUCACUUUCUUGCCCUUUCUGAGCCACCUGCCACCUCCCUUCUUGCGGUCUUUCUUCUUGGGUCAGGGCCUCAGCGCCCUGCUGCCCUGUGUGCUGGCCCUAGCGCAGGGUGUGGGCCGCCUGGAGUGCCCACCAGCCCCCACCAACGGCACCCCUGGGCCCCCCCUCGACUUUCCUGAGCGUUUUCCCGCCAGCACCUUCUUCUGGGCACUGACCGCCCUUCUGGUCAUCUCAGCUGCUGCCUUCCAAGGUCUCCUGUUGCUGUUGCCAUCACUAUCAUCUGUACCCACAGGGGGCUCAGGGCCUGGCCUGCAGGUGGGAGCCCCAGGAACAGAGGAGGAAGAGGAGGAAGAAGAGGCCUCGCCACUGCAGGAGCCACCAAACCGGCCAGCAGGCUCCACCCCUGACCCAGACCCUAAAGCCUUUCAGCUGCUCUCAGCCCGCAGUGCCUGCCUAUUGGGGCUGCUGGCCACCACCAACGCAUUGACCAAUGGGGUACUGCCUUCUGUGCAGAGCUUUUCCUGCUUGCCCUAUGGACGCCUGGCCUACCACCUGUCUGUGGUGCUGGGCAGUGCUGCCAACCCCCUUGCCUGCUUCCUGGCCAUGGGCAUGCUGUGCAGUUCUCUGGCAGGGCUGGGUGCUCUCUCUCUGCUGGGCAUGCUCUUUGGGGCCUACCUGAUGGCACUGGCAAUCCUGAGCCCCUGCCCGCCCCUGGUGGGCACCUCUGCAGGAGUGGUCCUUGUGGUGCUGUCAUGGGUGCUGUGUCUGGGCGUGUUCUCAUAUGUGAAGGUGGCAGUCAGCUCCUUGCUGCAUGGCGGGGGCCAGCUGGCACUGCUAGCAGCUGGCGUGGCCAUCCAAGUGGGCUCCCUACUCGGUGCUGUUGCUAUGUUCCCUCCCACCAGCAUCUACUACGUGUUCCACAGCGGAAAGGACUGUGUGGACCUCUGUGGUCCCUGAGACUGGACAAGUGGGAACCUCACUCCACUCCCCCUGUCUUCACUUCAAGGUUACCACUGUGCCUGAGUGCCUACAGCCCAGGGAUGUUCCCAUAUGAGCACGCUCAGGGACACCUGCACACUCCACAGGAGACCCUGGCUCUUGAUAGUGCAAGUGGGAUGCAAAGAGCAGGUCUGGAGCUAGAAACAAGUUGGGGCUUUGGGUUAAGGCCCUGGGCCUGGGACCUAUGUGGGAUUUGUACAAUGAAAUGUUUCUUUUCAA